CCAAACUCACAUCAACUGAGUUCUCUCUAUCUCUCUCCCUCUGUCUCUUCUCUCCACUUCACGAUGGCUUCUCUCAGACUCCCCGCUCAGCUCGUUACACGUGGCACUCUCAACCACCAUAACUCCUCUUCCUCCUCCGUCGCUUCCUCCUCAAGCCUCUCCUGGCGGCGAUCUCUCUCACCGGACAACUCAAUUCCGACCCUCCCAUCUUCCUCAUCCUUUAACCGGAAACCAUCAUCGGUAGUCCCGGUUACAUGCAGUGCUGCAGCGGUUAACCUUGCUCCGGGGACUCCAGUCCGACCCACGAGCAUCUUGGUCGUCGGAGCCACCGGAACCUUGGGAAGACAAAUCGUCCGACGAGCUUUAGACGAAGGGUAUGAUGUCAGGUGCUUGGUCCGACCAAGACCAGCUCCCGCCGACUUCCUCCGUGAUUGGGGCGCCACCGUCGUCAACGCGGAUCUUAGUAAACCGGAGUCAAUUCCGGCAACUUUGGUCGGGGUCCAUACUGUAAUAGAUUGUGCCACGGGACGUCCUGAAGAACCCAUCAAGACAGUAGAUUGGGAAGGGAAAGUGGCUCUUAUACAAUGUGCAAAGGCUAUGGGGAUUCAGAAGUACGUCUUCUACUCAAUCCAUAAUUGCGAUAAGCACCCCGAGGUUCCUCUCAUGGAGAUUAAGUAUUGUACCGAGAAGUUCCUUCAGGAAUCCGGUUUAAACCACAUUACAAUCCGGUUAUGCGGUUUCAUGCAAGGUCUCAUCGGUCAAUAUGCAGUCCCCAUUCUGGAGGAAAAAUCGGUGUGGGGAACAGAUGCACCAACGCGUGUGGCUUACAUGGACACGCAGGAUAUUGCUAGGCUGACACUUAUUGCUUUACGCAACGAGAAAGUCAACGGAAAGCUUCUAACGUUCGCUGGCCCUCGUGCAUGGACUACUCAAGAAGUAAUAACAUUAUGUGAGAGACUUGCUGGGCAAGAUGCGAAUGUCACAACGGUUCCAGUUUCUGUAUUGAGAGUCACACGUCAGUUAACUAGGUUUUUUCAGUGGACAAACGAUGUUGCAGAUAGAUUGGCCUUCACAGAGGUCCUCUCGAGUGACACGGUCUUCUCUGUUCCGAUGACUGAGACUAAUAGUCUACUAGGUGUGGAUCAAAAGGAUUUGGUGACUCUAGAGAAGUACUUGCAAGAUUACUUCAGCAACAUACUGAAGAAACUAAAGGAUCUUAAGGCACAAUCCAAGCAAUCAGACAUCUACUUCUAAGUUCUGACCUUGUAGUGUCUUAAUAAGAUUCAACGCUAUUAAAAACUGCAUUUGCGUCCAUAAUGUGUCACUGAGCUUUUAUCGGUUUGUUUCUUAUUCAACAAUGGGUUAUUGUACUUUUUGUAAUUAAAGAGAAUUAUUGUAAUAUAAAUGUAGCUUACCAUACA